AUAAACGAUAGUUUGGGUGGAAAUAUGUCUACAGACACGUUCAAGCCAAACACGAGGGUGUUGGCAUACCAUGGUCCAUUGAUAUACGAAGCAAAAGUGUUGAAAGUCCAUCCACAAGACGAGGAAUAUGUGUUAGUUGGAGAAGACAAAAAAGUACCCAUGAGUAAAAUGUCGAUACCACAACAUUUACAUAGUGUGACUGGGUAUUUCUUGCAUUAUAAGGGGUGGAAAGCGAAAUGGGAUGAGUGGGUCCCCGUGGAAAGAGUUUUAGAAUAUAAUGAAGCGAAUAUUGGGCUACUGAAACAGAUACGAGAAGAAAUUUCAAGAAAGCAUAAACUGGUUAAACAAGUGAUGAAUCCAAGUUCACCCAAGAAAAGACCAAACACCGGUACUUCAGGGACAGGAUCCACCAAUAAUGGAAGUACGAACCAAACAAAUAGUAAAAAAAAGAAGACUGAAUCAAUGACCGCUGGGAAAUCUAAUUUAGAAAUUGGUUUUACCAUCAGGCCAAAUUUGAAAUAUUUAUUGAUUGAUGAUUGGGAAUAUAUAACUAGAAAUCGACAGUUAUUGGAUAUACCGAGCAAGAAACCAGUGAGUACCAUUUUGAAUGAAUACAUGAAGUUUAAAAUGAAGGAGAAGAAAUCUUCAAAUGAUAUAAAUGUGAUCAAAGAAUAUUUGGAAGGAUUGAAAAUAUAUUUUAAUAAGUCUUUAGGGCUAGUGUUAUUAUAUAAAUUUGAAAGACUACAAUAUCAGAAACUAUUAAAAGAAAAUUCUGAUUUUGAAGCAAUAAAUUAUUAUGGUCUUGAACAUUUACUUCGAUUAUUUGUUUCGUUACCAGGAUUAAUAUCCCAAGCAUCAAUGGAUUCAGUUAGUCUUGGGGUCUUGGGGGCACAAACCGUAUUCUUGAUGGAAUACUUAGAUCAUAAUUUAUCUGAGUACGUUAACGAAUACGUUAAUGUUACCCCGGAUUACGAUAGAUUAGCAAGGGGAGGUUAAUAUUUUUGUAUAAUAGUGUGUUGUAUCA